CUUCCAAAAGGAUCUGCUGGUCACCCACUAGGUCCUCUUUGGCAAGCCUUUAAUCCAGUUAAAACCAAUAAUGAUAAAAAACCUAAAGCUAGCUGUAUGUUUUGUAAUCCUGCAAAGCCUAUAUUCGGUACUGCAGCAGUGAUGCUUUCACAUAUUAAAAAAUUUCAGUCUAUGCAUGAUAUGCAUGAUAUUUAUUCAAAUUGUGGCUCUAUUUCAGAUCUUUCUGAAUGUAGCAAUAAGAAAUUUUCUCAAGACACUAAUCAAAUAUCUAUGCAAUUACCAAUUGAUACAUGUGAAAGUCAAACAUCAAUUGUUAUACUUAGAGAUUUAGAGGAAGUUUUAACUCAAAUCGAUGGAGCUGCUAAUUAUGUUCAUAUAAAAACUAUACUUAUACAAAAAUAUCCUAAAAUUAUAGCUUUACUAUGUAUUGCACAUGAAUCUAAUCUUCUAGUUGAAUCACAGCACACUACACUAGCUGAUGCAGUAUAUUUAUGGGCUCAAACACAAAUGAACACCAAUAUAAUUGAUGAUAAUAAUUUUCAGUUUUAUAUUAAUACAC